UGUUGCGCCCCCCUCCCCCCUUUGCCACAACCUCGACCAUACAUACAUCAACGUCGCUAACUCCUCGCCAAAUUAAGACGGAAUACUGAGCUGACGUCACAAGCCAAGGUUUUUGAACAGAUACCAAAGUAACCUCCCGCUCGAAGGUUCUACUAGGCAAAGCUUAAGAUUACGGACUUUUUUGGUCAGGAGGUAUAUAUAACCCUGUAACGUGAUAUGUUUGCGCUGUCUAUGCAGUAGUGGUGACCGGGGGAGAAGGGAAGAGCGCAUCGGAACGACACGCCCCAAAUUCAGCUUUAUUCUUGUUCGCUGCGUUCGUUUUCGCGACUGGUUUUCAAGAGCUAUUUGUGGACGGAGGGUGUUGGAGUUUUUUUUUUAUUUCUUGGAACGUCCACGCUUCAAGACUUCUGACAAGAACUGUGCGUCAUUCUUGAGGAGCGUGCAAGGAUUUUGACGCGGCGGCCUUGUGCAGUUUUCAAGGUUUGAGGGACCCUCCGUCAGCAGUGUGUGCGCGGGACUUGCAGACGACAGGACGACAUCGUUCGGCGAGGGAUAGGCUUUCUAAAUUGGGACCUCCAAUAACAUUGCAGACUACAGAGUCAUCCCGGGAUUCCCGGCCCAUCUUUGCUCAUGGUGCAGCCCAGUAAAACAAAAACCAUGGCCAAGACAGGGGAGGGGGGCAGCAGCAGCGACCAGCAGUCGGCCACAGAGCCCUCGUCCAACUCCGUCAACGGCGACAACAAGAAAGACCCGAUCGUACCUGGUCUUACCAAGGUUCAGUUGCCCCGUUCUGCUGCUAAGGUUGUCCAUCAGCCCAAGAAGGAGUCUGAAACGUCUGCCUCCUACGUUCCUAAGUUCGCCAAUGUGAACGUAAAGGAGCGAUUCGAACAGAUGAGAGUCAGGAAGGAAGAGAAGGAGGCCAAGAAAUUCGAAGAAGUUCGCAAGGAGAGAGAGUCGAGAGACCAGCGGGAGAAACACUCAGCACUUAGAAAACAAUUCCUUAAGGAGCUGAUGGACUCAGACGAGGAGGAAGAAGAGAAGAAGCCGAAGGAAACGCCGAAGAGUUACGUCCCGAAGAUGCGGGGCAGCGUGCGGGGGAAGUUUGAAGAGAUGCAGAAACAAAAGGAGGAAGAAGAACGCAGGAGGGCGGAAGAGGAGAGAAAGAGGAGAAUUGAGAUGGACCGACAGAUUCAGCAACAGGAACAGGAGAGCAUGAUCUCAAAACAGAUGGAGGAGUCGGACUCAAGUGACGCAGCACGAGAUGGGGAAAUGUUUGAGAAGAUGGAGACGCCCACGGGUGUUCCGUCUGCCGCCCCGCCCGUCACACCGUCCGACCUGCCGGCCGGGGAGAGGCGCAGCAUCAAGGGCAAGUUCGAGGAGAUCCAGAAACAGAAGGAGGAGGAGGCGCGCAUGCGUGCCGAGGAGGAGCGACUGCGCAGAAUCGAGAUGGACAAGCUACAGCUGGAGAGGGAGGCUGCACGCAAGGCGGAAGAGCAGGAGGUAUCGGAAUCGGAUGGUGACGCCAGUAGCAGCGCUAGAUUCCAGCCAACGGUUACCGACAUUCCAACAGUCACACGCGGAGGUGUGAAGGGGAAAUUCGAAGCUAUGAGAAAAGCCAAAGAAGAGGAACGGUUACGGCAGAUGGAGGAGGAGAGACAACAGCGCAUUCAGGCUGAAACUGAGUCCCUUCGUCUGUCCAUUGAGGCUGCGUUUUCAAAAGCCGAGGAAGAAGAUGUCGAAGAAGAGCCCGAAGAGAACGGCCUUGACAUGUCCCCCAGACUCACCAAAAAGAUCGGCAGUGUUAAGGGUCGUUACGAGGAGAUGCAGAAAGCUCGAGACGAGGAGCAUCGGCGGCAGUUAGAACUGGAAAGAACCAGCCGGCUGCAGAUGGAGAAACAGGCAAUAGAGAACCAAUCAGAGACGGUCAACGUUGAUCAGGUUAACGGCAUCAACGGGCAUUCCCACCAUCAGCAGGAAGAAGACGAAAAAACCUACACGUCAAGCGAGACAAUCACGCUUAGAAACAGGCCGAGGGGCGACGUGAAAGGUCGUUUUGAGAACCUGAGAAAGCGGCGAGAGGAGGAGGCGAGGCGUAAGACACAGGAGAUACGGAUUAGCCGUAUAGAGUUCGAUAAGAUGAUGCAGCAGCGAGAGCAGGAGAAGAAGACCUCGCAAGUAGAGGUGAUACCCGACGAGGAGGAAGAUGGCGAUAGUGCUUCCGUGACGUCAUCCCUGACGUCAUCGUUUAUCAGUGACGCGGACGGAGAAUCCGGUGCCCCCCAGCCGGGUACAUGCGGCAGUAUGAAAAGUCGGUUCGAAGCACUGACGGCAUCAGCAAAGGACAAACCCAGAACCACGGCUGAACCACGAGUCAGACGACUAAAAAAGCUGGAUACGUUCAUACGGGAUACCGGGAAGGAUAAAGAGGAAGAGAACGAAGUAAACGACACCAACGAAACGACAAAACCCCGAAAACUCGACGUCAAGAACCGGUUUGAGGAGAUGAGGAAAAAGAGAGAAGAGGCGGAAAGAAGAAAAACACAAGAAAUCCGUCUCGGCCGACUUGAGCUCGACAAAAUAGCGCAGGAGAGAGAGAAAGAGCGCAAGGAAAAGGAUGAGGUGCCUUGCGAUGAUGACAAUGAUGACAGUCCCUCCGAAGGUAGCCCCUCCCUUGACAUAAGUGAGCCCGUCCCAAGUGUCAAAGAUAGGCUCCACCAAAUCAAAAACAGCACCGCAGAGACACAAAGAAAAGCGCAGGAGCUUCAGUUGAGUCGACUCGAGUUCGACAAAAUGAUGCAGGAACGCGAGAAAGAGAGGAAUAGGAAAAAAGAGGAAGAAGAAGACGAGCUCGCGGGUUCGUUAGAAGAUUUGAGUUGCGAGCCCGAAAAACCCAUGGGCAGUGUCAAGGGUCGGUUCGAAGAGCUCAGGAAGGUUCGAGAAGAAGAGAGUCGACGGAAGGCUGAAGAGGAGAGACUGAGGAGACUGGAGGCCGACAGAUUGGCACAGGAGCGCGAGCUUGAAAAACAGGCACAGCAAGAGUCAGCUUCGCAGGCCAAUGAGGAAGAGGCUGAGGAUAAACCGGAAGUCAAAGAGGACAUACCACCACCCAAACGGGGGAGUCUUCGCGGGAAAUUCGAAGUGAUGCAGCGUCAGAAGGAAGAGGAGGCUCGCAAAAAGGCAGAGGAAGAACGUCUUCGCAGACUUGAGGAUGAGAAGAAGAUCUUGGCAGAAGAAGCGGCCAAAAGAGAGGCUGAGUAUGAGGCGAGCUGCAAAAAUGUGUCGUUUGGAAGCAAGACAUUACAGGUAGUAAAAAUACGGAAAACUGUUCCGCCGAAGGCGCUAUUUCCUUCGCGUGACAUUACGCACAAAGUGACGAAGCUAACCUGUACACACCAGGGAGGAGCGGCAGAGGAAAGUCUCGCAGAAACUCGCGAGACCAAGCGAGAGAGAAGAACGCCGGGUAAACUAAAGGCUGACUACGUCACGCUACGGCAGAGAAAAGAGGUGGAGGAUAGAAGAAAAGCGGAGGAGCUCCGGAAAAGUAGAUUAGAAUUCGACCGCGCGGAGCUCGAGAGAGAGGCGGAAAGAUUACGAGAGGAAACGGAGAAACAAGCCGAGCAGCCUGCCGAAGAACAGGACGAGGAGACGACAAAAGAAUCCAUACAGGAAGUCACCUCGCCCAAGGUAUCUCUGGGGAAGCUUAAGAACAAAUUUGCCGAACUUCAAAAGAAGAAAGAAACUUCCGAAGACGACGCCUCGACAAGGGAGAAGGCUAGACCCGGGAAACUUAAGAAUAAGUUUGAGGAACUUCAGAAAAAGGGUUCAGAGGACCAAGACAACGAUACAGGCGCGGAGAAGGCGCCGAGGCCAGGGAAGCUGACCAUCAGUUUUGAGCAGAUGGCGAGGCAGAAGGAGGAGGAGGCUAGAAGGGAGGCGGAGGAGGAGAGAAAGAGAAAACUGGAGGAGGACAGACAACAGCUGGAGGAGGAGCGGGCAAGACUUGAGGCAGAGGAGGCUGCUGCGGCCGCUGCUGCUUCGGAGGGAGGAGACCAGGAGGGAGAAGAGCCAGCCGAAUCUGCGCCUGAGGAAUCUGGGCCUCGUCUCAGCGUAAAGGAAAGAUUUGCCAUGAUGCAGAAGAAGAAGGAAGAAGAAGAGGAACAACGCAAACUCAAGGCCGCAGAUGUGAAGGAGGCUGGAAAGAACAAACGUGCCAGCGCGCUCUUCGAGAAAUUCCAAAAUAUCGACAAGGUUGCAGAGGAGGAACGUCUCCGUAAGGUUGAGGAGGAGCGGGCGCGGCGUCUGGAGAUGGACCGGGAGAUGCUGGCCAGGGAACUGGAGAGAACCGAGAAAAUGGUCGGGCUGGAGGAGGAGGCUGCUGAAGAGGCUCAGGAGGAGGAGGAGGAGGAGCCUAAAGCGGCGGAGACUGAUGAGGACCGAGCGGCGAGGAAGCAGAGAACACGGGCCCUGUUCUCACGUUUUGAGAAUCUCGAGAGCUAUGAAGAGCAGGAGCGGCGCAGGCGCAUUGAGGAGGAGAAGCGGAAGCGGCUGAUGCUGGAACAGCGGGAGAUUGACGAAGCGCGCCGGAAGGAGGUGGGUGGGGCUGCUGACGUCACAGAAACGGAGGAGCUGAAGCGGGAGGAGGAGGCCCGUGAGCGGGAGUACAUGGAGCGGUACGCCCGGGGCGAGGCGUCGGACGUGGACGACUCCGAGGAGGACGAGUCCCUGUCCGCCACCAGUGAGACCCUGGCGCCCAAGUUCGUCAAGAACUUCGAGAACAUGACGAUCUACGAUGGCGACCCCGUCAGGUUCGAAGCCAAGGUGAUCGGCCGGCCCAAACCUGACGUGACGUGGUACCUGAACGGGAAGCGGCUGCCGAACAACCAGGACUACCGGUACAAGUUUGAGGGUGACCACGGCGUCGUGCUGGAGCUGCCCGAGACCUUUCCCGAGGACGAGGGAGAGUACAUGUGUAAGGCCGUCAACACCUCAGGCAUGGCGCUCUGUAGCGCUCUGCUCAUCAUAGAAGACCAGUGCAAGGGGCACAGAGCAGAGUCUUCGUACAUCAAGCAAACUGUGCAACAACCUCCCCGUUCAGCCCAACCUAAAGCAGCUGCUAUGAAAACCACCGGUGUUAAACAACCAACAGGCAACCAACCCAAGCAUAGCAAUGUCCAACCUAGUAUGCAACAACCAAAGCAAAAGCAAGUCGGAAUGCAACCAAAACAAGGCGAAAUUCCUCCAGGCAAAUCGGAGGCUGUUAUUAAGGAACAGGUUGUUUCUAAGACCGAAAAAAUAACGUCCACAACUUCUACUGGACAUUUCGUGAAGAAAUCUUCCUCCACUACGAGUGAGAAAGUCGUGACAAAAACGACCGAAGUGAGCUCGUCGUCCAAGCCCGCUGAGAAGUCAGCCGCCAGUGCUUGGGAGUUGAAAUACGGCGGUAAACCUCUGACGGCUCAACAGUUAGCCAAGCAGAAGUUAGCACAAAAGAUGGCCGGAAAAUCGCCUUCUCCAUCGGUUAAAGUGCCCGUGCAGAAGUUAUAUGUAGGUGGGAAAGCCGCUCCUGCCCAAACCGUCCCGCCCAAGGCACCGCAGUCGCAGGGAGAGCCACGGCCGACCGAGCCACAGCCGGGGGCCGCGCGUAAGCAAUGGCCACCUCCGACUAAGGGUGGGUCUGACGAUGACACCACCAAGCCGGCUGAACCAGUCGCCCCCAAAAUCAAAGAGAGCGAAGCCAAAGAAGAGAAGACCUGCAACCACAACGGACAGAAAGCAGACGACAAUCAGACCACCCACAGCAACGAGAAAGAAAACAAACCACCCGUAAAAACAACAGAGAAUGGUAACUAAAGUUUUUAACCAUUGUGAAUAGUUUUUAUGAUGUUUAGAAGAAUCACGUACAUCAGCAAUUAUAUUGUCUAUGUUAAGUAAGAUGCGGUCACGUUUUUUAAUAAUAAUAGGUUUUAAUAAGAUUUCAACGUAAAAAUUACAACAAUCUUUUAUAACAGAACACUGUGUUCUGAUUGUAGUUU